AAAUUUCGGACUUUAACUCUUUCUCAAGGGACGUUUAUGAGCAUUAUUUGAUUUAUACCGGGGGAUUGGCUAGAUGUUGGAGAUACUAUGGGGAUCACGUGAUAGAACCACAAGACGUAUAUCUCCCGACCGCCCUUUCUUGAGUUUCACCUAGUUACUCUUUUUAUCAACACACAACCAUUUCCCGUUCGACUCCCACAAUCAAGUAUCUACUCAUUCGGCAUCUGGUGCAUUUUCUGAGUUACUGCUUUCUGUAUGCAGACUGGAUUACACCCAGGAUGUCUCACCUUCAUGUCAGCCGCACUGACCGUCCCUUCCAACGGCUACAUGCAACAGCUUAUUUGCGAACCGCCACUUCAUCUAAAUCGGUACAAUCAGCGCUUCCCCCUGAUACUCGUUUACCAUACUGAUGAAUGAUUGCUAUCGAUGGAUUCCACUGGUAAAAGUCUCGGUCUGGCGCUACUCAAGGUCCAAAUCAACGCCUACGACUCGUACCAAGAUUAUCCGUCGUCCUUCACAUACGCCCCAGCGGCUAACGAUGAGGAACAUGGUUUCACACGGGUGCCUGUGUUGCGCAUUUUCGGUGCCUUCCCCACAGGCCAUUCGGUUCUUGUGCACGUCCACAAUGUAUACCCAUAUUUCUUCAUUGAGUACCAGGGACGAAAGGGCGAAACGGCACAACAAUGCCGCAACCUCCGCCGCGUGCUCGAGGGCAAGUUGCAGGAGAGUUUCAGGCGCAAAAAAGAUGAAGAAAAUGAAGACUACAGCGAAGAGCAAGAAACGGGUGAUAUCCCUCCGGAGAGUUUUAGCUACAUCGCCGGGGUGUCUGUGAUCCAGGCCACACCGUUUUACGGUUUCCACUCAGCGCCAGCUCUCUUCUACAAGAUCCACCUCCUAAACGCUGCCUAUGUUGUUCGUUUGUCAAAAAUCCUCCAGUCAACGUCGAUGCAGCCUUAUGAAACACAUAUUCCGUACACGAUGCAGUUCUUGACGGAUUUCAACCUCCAGGCGUGUGGCUGGCUCAACUUAGCAAAGUGCUACGUGCGGACUCCGGUGCUUGACGCCAAGGUGUAUAAUCUGAAGGUUCCCGACAGCACUGGUGAGUCGCUUGGUAAGUAUCUCACACAGUUUUUGGGACGCAAUGUCUUGAGUCGGGCGUGUUAUCCGCGAAUGGGCAAGGCGGUAGCGGAAAUUGAUGUUGACGCUUCGUGGAUUUUGAAUCGCCACGAAGUUCACGAACAGCCGAUGCGGCUCUACGAGAAUUUGGUGCCGAAACCGCAGGGGCGUACGAAGCGCAUUGCGUCGCUCGAGGAAUUGGUGCGCGACAUCGAUUUCCAGCGCCGACAGCGCGGGAUUAUCCAGCCGGCUAUUGCCACCCCGGUGCAUUCCAUCCCGGCACAAUUCUCCCCCGCGUGGGUUUCCGAUGAGGAGCGCGGGCUUUUCGAGUACGCCACAAAGCUUAGUACAGAGUUGCAUCGCCAACGGUCGAGCAGCCCGUUGUCGCUCGCAGCGAUUGGGAAUGCACUAAAGAGUGUGGAGAUUCCUGACGAUGAGUUGGCAGAGUGGACCCCACAAAGCGAUUUACAUCAGGUGACCUCGUUACAGACUGGGACCGUGAUGAAUGUAUCGAAUAAAAAGAGGAAGGAAGGGGAUCGAAAAAGGGAUAACCAAGAGAAAACCAACCAAGAGCAGGAAAUUCGAGAAAAGGACGACCAAGAAGAGGUCCUCAGCCCUACAAGGCUAACCAGCUUGGAUUCUGAUACAAGUUUUGAUAUGUCAAUGCUUCGCCAGUCACAAUUUCCCCCUCCAAAGCGGAAAUUUUCCCGAGCGUUCCCCGAUUCCUUGACCAGCUCGCCUUUAUACAAAUUACCCCCAACGCAGUGCCGCAAUAAAUUAGCCAGGGGCUACCUCUCCCAUUUCUCCACCAUCGGAAAGGUGUACGAGGCAAGCUCCCAACCACCGGACCCAGCGCAUAUUAUGGAAGAUUUCGACGAGCACGCUCUCUUGAAGAUCGACUACUCCGACCCGUUCUAUUCCAACCCCCAGGACCUCCCUCCGCGACCAGUGAUCUACUCCGGAAAGAAGUUUGUUUUGAAGUCAAACGACUUGGCCCAUAUCCCGAAGCUCCAUGUCUGUGGGAUACCCAUGUCCAGCACUAUAGCGGACACAGUUAGCGCUCGGAUUGCAACCCCCGUGUUUGGCAAAACUUCCUCCUUCUGUCGUUGGGAGUACUGUCCCGAACCGCCAAGCUUCGCCGAUGUUUCUGAUUUCUUGAAGACGAUCAAGCCAGAACGAGGCCUUUUUUCGUCCCAGAUCGAUGCGUAUACGCAGUCCUACAAGCCUGGAUUGAGACUGGGCACCACGAAAAUUUCGCGGCGGCCAGAUGGCUUCUUGCACCUCACUAGCUUCGGGGUGGAGGUUUUUGUGCCCACGCGGGACGGAAUGAAGCCGGACCCUGCACGGGAUCCCAUAAAGAUGAUCUUCUAUCGCUUUGACAAUCUGAACCAGUUUGCCAUAGACGGGCGGACCGCUGCGGAAGGGGUCUUGGUCUUGGGUGACCACGGAGGAGAAGACAACUAUGAGUUGACCCAAUACGGUCGUCUAUCUAAGCUCACCGGAGUGAGCAUCUUGUCGUUUCCAGAUGAGGUCGCCAUGGUUAACAAGCUCUUGUGGUUGGUACUCCGCUUCGACCCGGAUAUCCUCACGGGAUAUGAACUCCAUGCUAAGUCAUGGGGGUACCUCGUGGAUCGUUUCCAGGAGGUGUACGAUACUGACAUCUGCACUACACUCAGUCGAGUCUCCACGAAGACAAGCGACAAGACGGAUGACCGCUGGGGCUAUACCCACGCCUCGGCCAUCCGAAUUACCGGACGCCACAUGCUCAACACGUGGCGCCACAUACGCGAUACGGUGGCAUUGACGAGUUACACAAUGGAGAACAUCGCGUUUCACCUUCUCCUGAAGCGCGUGCCGCUCUACUCCGAUAUAAAGCUCACCCAAAUGUGCUCCAGCUUCCGCGGAAAACUCAUGGUCAUACGCUACUUCCGACAGCGAGUCGACUUGAACUUCCGCAUCAUCGAGAACCAGGAGUUGAUCACGGGGACCACAGAGCAGGCGCGGUUGAUGGGGAUGGAUUUCUACUCGGUGCUCUACCGUGGGUCGCAGUUUAAGGUGGAGGCAUUUUUGACCCGUCUUAGCAAGGCUGGGAAUUUUAUAAUGGUUUCACCGGACAGGUUCCAGGUGCGCCAGCAGAAACCGCUCGAAUGCAUACCAUUGGUCAUGGAGCCAGAGUCUGCGUUCUACAAGAGUCCUCUUGUGGUGCUAGACUUCCAGUCGUUGUAUCCGUCCAUCAUGAUUGCGUUCAACUAUUGUUACAGCACGAUGGUUGGUAAACUCCGAGGCUUCAAUCCCGUUGAAAAUAAGUUGGGUGUAGCCAACGUGCGACUCAAGCCCGGUGCCAUUGGUGUGUUGAAGGAUGAUAUCACGAUUUCCCCAACAGGAAUGAUGUUUGUGAGCCAGAAGGUGCGCAAAUCCGUGCUCGCCAUCAUGUUAGACGAGUUGCUAGAAACCCGAGUCAUGACCAAGACCACGAUGAAGGAGUUGGAGGACGACCAGCAGCUCUGCCGGUUGUACAACUCGCGGCAGUUGGCGCUAAAGUUCAUCGCCAACGUCACUUACGGGUACACCUCCGCCAGUUUUUCCGGCCGCAUGCCCUGUUCGGACCUCGCCGACAGCAUCGUUCAGACUGGUCGUGAGAUUUUGUCGCAGUCGAUUGACGAGAUUGAACGCGGCAACUGGGGGGCAAAGGUGGUUUACGGCGAUACCGAUUCGCUCUUUGUGUACUUCCCCGGAAAGUCCCGCGACGACGCAUUUCGGCUCGGACGCGCCAUUGCCAAGCACGUCACCGACUUGUUUCCCAGUCCCAUCGAGUUGAAGUUCGAAAAGGUGUACCAUCCGUGCGUGUUGCUCACGAAGAAGCGCUACGUGGGGUAUGCGUACGAGUGGGAAGACCAAACCGUGCCCAUGUUUGAUGCCAAGGGAAUAGAGACGGUCAGAAGAGACGGAAUUCCGGCGCAGGCUAAGAUCGUGGAGCAUACCCUCCGCCUCUUGUUUGAAACAAAAGACGUUUCAUUGGUGAAACAGUACGUCCAAACACAGUUCAACAAGAUCUUACUCGACCGCAUCUCUGUCCAGGACUUUUGUUUCGCCAAGGAGGUGCGCAUCGGUAGGUACAAAAGCGCAGCACACCCCCCGCCCGGCGCCGCCGUGAGCAUGACAAAGAUGGCGGCAGAUGCGAAGGCAGAGCCGCAGUACCGAGAGCGGGUGCCGUACGUGGUGAUCAAGGGGCUUCCCAAGGCCACGCUACGGUCACGGUGCAUCCUGCCUGAGGAGUUCCUCGCGGAUCCCACGCUAACACUUGACAGCCAGUACUACAUCACCAAGGUGUUGAUCCCGCCGCUUGAACGGAUCUUCAACUUGAUGGGUGUAGACGUCAAGCUGUGGUUCCGCGAGCUUCCGCGGUCCAUCCAGUAUACACGCAAACCCAAACGCGGCGCCAAGGGUAUCCUCGGCGUGGUCAAGUCGAACGCCUGUGUCUGCUGUGCCCAUAGCGUGGACAACCCCGCGUCGCGCUUAUGCCGCGCGUGUAAGUUCAACGAGGUACAGACGUUAGCGAGCCUUCAGGCCAGGAUAUCGGAUCUGGACAGCUCCUUGCGACGACUGGCAGUUGUUUGUUACAGCUGUGCAGCAUCGAACUAUGGGGACUCCGAUGGCUAUGCGGACUGUACAAGUGCUGACUGUCCGGUUUAUUAUACCCGAGUAAAGGCAUUGAACCGGUCGGAACAGCUCCAGCAGAACGAGGCCCGCACCAUCCGUGAAGAGUUCCAGUGGUAG